UAGAGAAAGACAAACGGAGCAAGAGAGAGAGAGAGAGAUCACUUUGGGAGAAGCAGAGUUUCUGUUUUCCUCAGAUACUUGUUUGUGUUCCUAUGUAUACGUAAUUACCGGUGAUCAGCGCUGUCUCGUGGACUUACAGUCUCUGCGGAGUAAUAGCUCCUUAUAGCCUAUGGACGGACUCAUUGAGCGCUCAGCUCUGUCCACGGAGAGGAGAGAGGGGACGGGAAGCGGCUGCUAGAAUAGUGGAAGACGAGAACAGGAAAGCACAGGAGCUGAGGCAGCCGAGGGGUUCCACUACAAAUACUGGAAUGGAAUAAACCAAUGGGUAACCAACAGUUGUGUGCUUUUUGUUCAAAAACUGUUUGUUUUCAUUUUAUUUGGGCACUUAUGGAUAACUUUCUUCCAACCACUUUUGUCGGAGUUUUUAAACAGAGCAGUGAAGCUACUUCAGAACGGGAUCUGUACAGCAGUCUGCUCUGCUCUUUACACACUACCUAUCUUGAAAUGUUGAUAUUUUAUGUCUAGUGCAGUCUUUGGAAGUAUGAAAUACGUAGGGAUGAAGCUGAUGUAAUUUUAUCCUUUCAGUCACAGCCAUCACUAAAAUGGCCAGUUUUGAGGCUUUGGCUCACAGCUCCCGCAUGUUGGUGUGGCCUGUCGGUUGUGUGUUUUUGUUUUUGGGCUGCUUAUCGGUGGCAUCCUCCUCCCACAGCCGCAGGUUAAUCUGCUGGCAGGCCAUCAUGAACUGUCAGACAGAGCCUGGGUGCCAUUACGCAUAUGGACAGUACAUGCAGGCGUGCGCUGCUGUUCUGAGAGGGGACAGGAAGAGGUGUCCCAGUCACUGCAUCUCCUCUCUGGUGCAGCUCAACCUGACGAAGAACGGGCCUGCGCUUGAGGACUGCAGCUGUGCUUCGGACCCCAUCUGCCGGAACACCAAGCGGGCCAUCGAGCCGUGCCUCCCCAGGACUAGCAACAUGGGCUGCACCGAGGCCCGGAUGCAGUGUGAAAGAGACCAGCCGUGCAGCUCUGCCAUGCGAGACUAUUUAAUCUACUGCGGGAAGCUUUUCAGCGGGGCAACUUGCACGAAUGCUUGUCGGAAUGUGAUUGCAGACAUGCGCAAAAUACCAAAAGCGGAGCUGUUGGAUUCGUGCGUGUGCGACGGGACCGAGAGGACCAUCUGCGAGUAUGUCAAGAUUAGCAUGAAGAACCUGUGCUUCGAAGCUCCUGUGACGGCGGAGGACGGCAGCGGGUCAGAGGACUACGAGGAAGAUGAUGGGGACUUCCCGGUGUCAGAACCAGAGUUCGUGGGGAGGAGCGCCGGUUCAGGUGGCUCUGCUGUGGGAACCUGUGGUGUUGUGACAACGGUGACUGCAUCUGUCCUGAUUCUACUAGUACCUCUUCUUUAAACUCUCCUCAUA